AUGGAGCAACAGGCUAAUCUGCUAAUGGCGAAUAACUACACAGCCUUUCUGGGUGCCAAUGGCACGUACAUCGAGAACGCAGAGGGCGUUCCUCUGUUCAAAGACGCACAGGGAACUGUGGUGACUGUGUGGGGAGAGAUAAUGCCUCAGGGAUCUCAUGCAUAUGAUAGUAGUGGCAGCCAAGUACCCGCCAUUGAUGCCAACGGACUGCCUAUGGUGGACUCAAAGGGACAAUCCGUUUACACCGAUGUCUACGGAACCCCAAUACUAUCAGAUUUGGAGUUGGCUGCCGUGCUGAUGAUUGCGAAUGGCUACACACCUUUCUUCGAUGGCAAUGGCACGUACAUCAGGAACGCAGAAGGCACACGGCUGUUCAGAGACGCAGAGGGUGCUGUGGUGACUAUCCAGGGAGAGGCGAUGCCGGCAGGAUCGCCCGCAUAUGACAGUACAGGCAACCAAAUACCCGCCUUUGACGCCAACGGACUGCCUAUGGUGGACUCAAAGGGACAACCCGUUUACGCCGAUGUCUACGGAACCCCGAUUUUGUCAGAGACGGAAUUAUUGGCCGUGUUGAUGGUUGCUAAUGGCUACACACCUUUCCUCGAUGGCAAUGGCACGUACGUCAAGAACGCAGAAGGCACUCCUCUGUUCAGAGACGCACAGGGUGCUGUGGUGACUAUUGCUGGAGAGUCUGUACCUGCAGGAUCGCCCGCAUACGACAACGUGGGCAAACAAAUACCAGCCAUCGAUGCCAACGGACAGCCUAUGGUCGACUCUAGUGGAAUCCCAGUCUAUACCGAUGUCUAUGGAACACCAAUUUUAUCGGAGAUGGAAUCAGCCGCCAUGCAGAUGAUUGCGAAUGGUUACACACCUUUCUUCGAUGGCAAUGGCACGUACAUCAAGAACGCAGAAGGCAUUCCUCUGUUCAGAGACGCACAGGGUGCUAUAGCCACUGUGUGGGGUGAGGUGGUGCCUGCAGGAUCGCCCGCAUACGACACUGUAGGCAAUCAAGUACCCGCCUUUGAUGCCAACGGACAGCCUAUGGUGGAAACAAAGGGUCAGCCCGUUUACGCUGAUGUCUACGGAACCCCAAUUCUAUCGGAGAUGGAAUCAGCAGCCAUGCAGAUGAUUGCGAAUGGCUACACACCUGUCUUCGAUGACAAUGGCACGUACAUCAAGAACGCAGAAGGCAUUCCUCUAUUCAGAGACGCACAGGGUGCUGUAGCUACUGUGUGGGGAGAGAUGGUGCCUUCAGGGUCACCCGCAUACGACACUGUAGGCAAUCAAGUACCCGCCUUCGACGCCAACGGCCAGCCUAUGGUCGAUUCUAACGGAAUACCAGUCUAUGCCGAUGUAUACGGAACACAAAUGUAAGCAAACAGU